GCCAUUUAUUUCGUGUCUAUUGUCCCUUUUCCCGCUGAAUGGGCCGAGUAGCGGGGAAAACUACGCGACGACUUCGCACGUGCAACUUCGGAGACAAGCCUGAGCCACGCAGCGGGCUCGGGGGUUGUUUGCGGCGGGUCGCGUUACCAGCCGCAGCUGCCGAGUCCAACGCCACCUCCCCUUCUCGGGGCGUCAUCGCAGCGCUCGAAGGACCCGCGUCGAGCCGUCUUCAGUGGGGGACCUUUUUGGCGCCUCGAAGGGCUCGAGAGCGAUUACGCUCGCACCGGAGGCCAUGGGUCGCAGGCCGUGCACGACGUCGUUGCCGCCACCGCCGGUGCUCGCGGUGCUCGCCGGCGCUCUCUCGCUGCUGUCAACGCCGGUAUGGGCGCAGGGCGGCGAGUCGGCCACGCGCAGCUAUGAGAACGACCUCAACGACGUGCUCAAGGUUGCGGUGGAAAAACUGCUCCCGCUCGUAUCGGACUUCGUGACGAGACCCGAGGUGUCGACCGACUGCUCGACAAGCAUGCUCAAGACCUUCGUGGCUCUGCGUCAACAGAAGGCUUGGGCCGUCAGGAUGGCCAUGUCCAACGCCAUGUACGCACCCAACGCCCUUGAAGGCACUUACGUGGCAAUGGGAGGUUAUGACCAGUGCCUUCAUACUCGGGUGCGAUCGUCCGAUGGCGAGCUCUAUUUCAAGGGCCAGUACUGCUCCGUGCUGUUCUCCCUGCCCAAGGGUUACUACAGGCGUUUCAUCGAGUCCUUCCACGAGAUCGGAGAACUGCAGGGUCGUCUCGAUCCCCUGACGGCUUCAUCGCCGGAUCGAGAGGGCGUGGACACCCUCGGAGGACUCUGCGCGCCGUCGCUCUGCACACGGCAGGACAUGACCUUCCUGGUCCGCUCACUGAUAAGUGAGUAUGGAGGUAACGCCACAGUGACGUCCUGCAGCACCGAUGACGCCAAGGUGGUGACGUCAGUUCAAGCGUUUUCCAUAGCAGUGCUCUGUCUUAUAGGUCUGCUGGUCGGUGUGGGCACCACGCUAGAGUGGCUUCCUCAAGCCGACGUUCAUGCUCUGAGGAUUAAACGUGGAGGUACUCUGAUGCGCGUUCUGCUGGUCUUCUCGGCAAUAACGAACACAAAGCUACUCCUAAGGACUAGAGUGAAGACACAAAACGAAGCGUUGAAGUUUAUAUGUGGCUUCAAAGUAAUCAUGACCUUCUGGGUGGUACUUGGGCAUGCCUACAUCAUUCUACCAAUGGGAUAUUUUCAUGCGGUGUUCGCAAUGGAUACCAUGACGGAGAACUUUACAUUCCAGUUUAUCACGAAUGCUUUCCUUAGCGUCACAAUCUUCUUCUUUCUAAGUGGGUUUCUGUUGGCGUACGUCGCAGUGGGAUCUCGAGAAGUUCUCACAAAAAAGAACCCAUUUCUUGUCUACAUUGUGCGAGCGUCGCGGCGAUAUAUCAGGUUGGUAGUGCCUGCUAUGGUGAUAAUACUCGUGGCUUUCCUGCUACCACUCUUCGCCUAUGGUCCGGCGGCGGACGAAGCGUACAACCAGUACAUCUACGGCUGCUACAACAAAUGGUGGGCCGUGCUAUUACAAGCCAAUAACUUCGAUAACUCCGAGCAUGUGUGCUUGCAACACCUGUGGUACAUCAACGCGGAACUUCAAAUAUUCCUGGUGUUGGCGUUUCCUCUAGCGCUGCUGUUUAUUAAGCAACCGAGAGUGGCUGCUAUCAUCGGAGCCCUCAUGGCCGCUGCGUUCUGCCUUAUGACCUGCGUUCAGAUCUACUCGUGGGACUUGUUCUAUGCUUUCACGAGCGGGACCAAUGAUAUGAGGAGAGUCAAAGACACGCUGGAGCUCAUCUACUUCCGGCCCUUCACCCAUGUUGGCGCGUACAUCAUCGGAGUGAUGUGCGGCUACGUAGCUGCACAGUACAAUAACGUCACAAUAAGGCCGAACGUCGAGAUGGGCCUGUGGCUCGUCUCAUUGGCCCUGGCAUGCGGCGUCCUGUUCGCCUCGUUCCCUUGGAAUCAAGGCCAUUUGCCGGACGCCGUAACCAACGCUCUCUACGGCGGAUUCCACCGGCUCCUCUGGGCGCUCGCCUUCUUCUGGCCAUCGUACGCCUGCGCUACAGGUCGGGGGGGCAUCCUCAACAGUAUGCUGUCUUGGAGCUUUUUCUUGCCACUGUCGAGGCUGACGUACGGGAUCUACCUAGUACACGUCCUGCUCUACAUAACGCGCAUGCUGCGCUUGAGGAGUUACAUCAAUACGGACGAGUACUUUCAGUUGACAACCGCCUUGGGGGUGUUCUCGCUGAGCGUGGUGUUCGCCUACCUGCUACACGUGUGCGUCGAGGCGCCCGUUCUGCGGCUGGAGAAGCUGCUGUGCGAAGGGGACACCAGCGACGCCGUAGUAGCGACGCCGGUCAACGGAAAGGCGCGCAGCUCGAACAUGGGCACUAUCCAAAAGUCGGCUGUUUGACCAUGGCACGAGCUCGAGGGACGCUCGACAUCCAAAAGGGACACAACUCUGCCAGGAGUCUGAGCUCCUCUUGGAUUAAUUGCUCAUUUUU